AUGUCCUGGGACAUGGCGAACCUCGUCUGCCCGUUCCGGGACCCGCAGCGGGCCCCGCCUGACUGUCCCAGGACACUUGGCAAACCUCCCCCGCCUAUCCUAACAUGGCGGACCUCGCCCGCUUGUCCUGGGAACCGUUGCGGGCCUAGCCCACCUGGGACACGUGGCGGGCCUCACCUGUUUGUCCCGGGAACUGUAGAGGCCUCGCCCGCCCGUCCCUGGACACGUGGCAGACCUCGCCCGCCCGUCCCUGGACACAUGGCAGACCUCGCCCGCCCGUCCCUGGACACGUGGCAGACCUCGCCUGCCCGUCCCUGGACACGUGGCAGACCUCACCCGCCCGUCCCUGGACAUGUGGCAGACCUCGCCCACCCGUCCCGGGAACCGUGCCGGGCCUAG